AAAACGGCUCGUUUCCAUCAAGAGGAAGAAGCGUUGCUGUUAUUCGCUGUUGCAGCACCAAUUUUUAAAAACGGUUGUACCAUUUAUUUAAUAUCUGGUUGGUUUUUGGACAACAGCUUGCCAUGGCUCUGUGCGGGGGUGUCGGAGCCAUGGCUUUACCCAGCGAGCUUAUUGUCCACAUAUUCUCCUUUCUGUCCGACCGAGACAAGCUCCGGGCCUCGGCCGUGUGUUCACGAUGGAGGGAGUGUCUCUUCUACCCCGCGCUGUGGACCGAGCUCAAAUUGCGAAUAGGUGGUGGUUGUAACGGUGGUGGCUCUAGCUCCGAGGAGACCCCGAGGCUGGAGUUCCUCAUGCGUAAGUUCGGUUCAUUCGUCCGGGAGCUGCAACUGGAACUUGCACCGGUGGAAGGCUACCUUAGUCCUCUCAACAACGACCCGUCGUCCACCAGGAUGGACCAGCCAGAUAGCGACCCGCAGCUCUCUGAGCGAUGGAGAGACGCCAUGACCACCUACUUGGACCAGGUGUUGUGUGUGUUCUCCAGCACCCGCAACAACAGAAACCUGCGGAAGCUGAGUCUGUAUGGAGACACCUGUGUUCUCCAGCAAGAGGGAUUAUUGGACAGCUCCAACCUGCUCCAAAUUCACCAGGGGGACAAAAAGAUCAAUGAAAUCCAGCAGUUGUUCAUGGAGUUGUUGUCUAACAGCAGGCAGCUGAGGUGGUUGUCCUGUAGCUUCAUGUUGGGUCUUGUGACUCCCUGCUCCUUUGCCUGCCUGUCAAAUCCUUCAGCUGAGACCCUGCGGCACCUCAGUUUACUGGACCACCAGCUGGGUCCCCUCAUCUCACCCUCAGAGUUGGGUCGUCUAUCUAAUCUUCAUUCUCUGGCUUUGGAUUUCUCUGAUUUGACAUCUGAGCUUUGUGGUCUGCUGGCAUCCCCACGCCGAACUCCGCUGCAUCGCCUCUCCCUGCUGCUCAAUGGCGCCGCCCUUGAGUUUAAACCAUUAGAGGGGACUGCGACAGAGGACGAUUGGAAGGCACUGAUUCGUGUGAGUGCCAACCUACGAGUGUACAUCAUGGCCCUGGAGCUGGACGGCUCAGAACUCCUCAGAGUCCUAAAGCCUAGCCUCCCUCUGGAGCGCCUCCACCUCGACAGUUACAGCACACUGGUGACCGAAGCCACGUUGGAGCUCAUCUCUCAGCAGUACAACAAAACGCUGACUCACUUUCUGCUCCUGAGGGAUGACCCCGAGUUCCCUGACCUCAGCAUUAAUCGGAACGAAGAUCCGUUGGUCCUCUUGGCAUGGAGAUGUACUCAACUGGCUGUACUGGUGAUACAUGGUUACACUGUUUGGUCCCAUAAUUUGGUGGCCAUCUCUCGUCUGCGAGGCUCCAGCCUUCGCGUCUUGACCGUCUCUGAGGAGAGCAUCGACUUUGAUCCUGACCAGUCCGUGUGCAUGGAGGGCGACCCGGUCCAUAACCUGGUCAAGGAGGUGUCUCUGGGCCUCGGCCGUGUCUGGCACCCAUGUCUGGAUUCCAGCCUGGUUUUGUCCGAACCCACCCAGCACUUCCACCGCGAGCUGCACGCCUUCAGCAUGGGCAUGUAGGCAGGGAUGGCAAGUCCAACACAUCACAGCCUAAACUGAUUCAAGACCAGGCCAGACCAAAUAAGUCCAAGUCAACUCAGACCUCUGAACCAGGCCAAAAGCAGACCCAUGUGAGAAAUCUAAACUGGAUCUUAAAACCAUCUAUAAAUUACAUUUAUGUGAACUGAUCUGAUUCUUUUAUUUUACUUUUAUUUUUUGCAUCUCUUUCACAAUCAAGUCCUAACAUUUAAGUGUUUGCCUGUUUUCUUGCUUUGCCUCUUGAUUAUCUGGUUGGCCAGUGACUUGGAAAAACAGAUUCAAUCUUUAAUGUUUAAAUACGUUUUCCAAUUUAAUAAUAUCCCUUUUUGUUAAAACUGGAUAUUCUAAUAAAUACAUGAUAUUAAUUUAGGUUGCAGGCAUACUAAUCUCUGGCCCCUGACCACAGACGAGACUUGAGUCAUGACCAUAUAUUAUUUGUCUGCUAAAAUGGGUCACGGCAGCUCCAAAUGCACUUGUAUCUGGUCUGGUCUUGAUCGACAAGUAUUCAGAGUUCAAUGUUUCUCCUUCACCUCCAGAGCCUCUCUUUGAUCUAACUUGAUUUUCUUUUCUUUCUUUGUUGACUGUUUCAUCGCUCCCUGCUCUGUAUAAUCUUGUUUUUUCUGUGUGGUGGUUCCCUUGCCUGUAUAGGCUUUGUGUGUAUUUAAUUGCAGAUAUAUUAUUAUCCUGCUCACAGUUAGAACAGGACAGGCAGGUUGAGUGAUGGACCGGUGGGAUUUAAUGGGGGAAUGCUUUGGUUGUGAACGUAUUUUCCUUUUGUUUUGUUUUUGUUUUUGAAACCUUUGCUCAAUAUUGGUAUGUCAGUCUGCUACAUUCUAGGUUGGAGUUUGUAAACUAACCAAUCAAUCACUUCCUGGGUAACGCAUCCUUAGCUGCUUCUUCUGUUAAAGAGCACCGUGUGCGCUUGUACAGUAGUUUGAGAGCCCUGGCAGCGGGGUGGGAGUCUUCACUAUAAGGUGGCUGACUGUGGCAGCUGCUCAUCAGUUUUAAAACUGUUUUCAGCAACAUCCACGUCACAGCCAGUGCUAUGACCCCGAUCAUUUGUAAAUGGUUUAUUAAGGAUAUUAAGCCCCUUAUUGAUAGUGUUCUGGAGAAUAUUGUUACAUGCGUGCAGCUAACGCACUUCCCACCCUGCUCACUUGUCCACUUUGCUAGAAAUCAAAUAGGGGGGUGUCGUCUUACGACUGACAUUCAGAGCAGAACUUUAAGAAUCACCCGUCACAACACCCCGCGAUGUUUGAUCUGUAGUAAGUCUUUGGAUCUUUUCUUUCUGUAUUCAGGAUGAAUAUAGCUGCCUUUGGCCAAGACCUUCUGACGGUAUCACUGUCAGAAAUGAACGGAGCCCUUUUGCAAUGUAUGAGAAAUCUCUGCGACUACUUCCAAAUUCUUGGUGCGACCAUGCACACACAACCAGUAUUCUGAAGGCACUGCUUCCCUAAGGUGGCAAAUACCAAACCCAGGUUUUGCAGCCAUGCCAGCAAUUUCGUAGGCAGGAACUAGUUUUCUCAGUGGUGGAGUUCUUGUUUUGGAGCAAAAACAUUUCACAAUAAAGAACAGGGAAAAUAAAAAGAUGCACUGAAUGUAACUAAACUCUCAUUCUGUUGGCCAGCCAGGUUUUUAAUUUUUUAUUGAAGGCCUGCUGUAAAGCUAUAUUUGCCUAUAACGCAUAUCUUGCCACAACAGUCGCAGCUGCUGAAUAAAUGCAUUUGGAUACUGUGGGGUCCACUAGCAGCCCCCCCGACGGGUUAUUUUUACAGCACAACAAGGUUUUGCGUUUGAAACCUUUGGCAUAUUUCUGUGGCGAAAAUAUUUUCUGUCAGUCUCAGGUAGGUUUUUAACAUCACUAUGACCAAGACAGCGGUGGUAAUGAUGUCGAGUAGGAUGUGUGAACAAUCAGUUAGCGUUAGAUAUUGGCGUCAUUUUAUUUUAUUUCCUCUUGAGUCACAGUUGCCUUGGAAACAGCCCCUUGUUUUCUGGAUACAGUUGUUGUUGUUAUUAAUGAUGUUGUGAUCUUGCCAUCUGAUAAACCCCUCGCUCCACCUUGGUUGGGGGAUCAGUAAACCUUAUCAUACAUUUGUUUUCAAAGAUUAAGGUUGAUGAAGAGUGAAGAAUGGCAAAACCAGUCUGCUCAUUGCACAUGUUUUAUAUCUCCAGAAUAUGUUGUGGGGGACAGAGAGUAAAGGAAAUCCAUCUUUCCUAUAGAAGACCUGCUGGGCCCAAUUAAUGUCUGAACUGAAUGUAGUUAAUUUCCUGGGGUUAAAUGACUCCUGCCUGGCACAGGGGAUCUUGUCUGGCUGUGCAACUGGCUUGUUCCUCCAGGCUUUCAUUAACUAGGGUGAAGGCGUGACUUUGAUUGAAUCACAGUCACUUUUAUUGUCCGAUUCUAACUAUGAAAAUAAUGGGGAGGGGGGCCUUUGCCCUAAUAAAUGAAAUAAAUGUUAUUCAGGCUCUGUGGAAGUGCAAGCAUGCCAUGGUCAGGGGUGAAGGCGGGCAUUGUCGACCAAAUAUCUUGUGCUCCACACAAACCUAAUUGUGAGUGACCAGUGGAUGACUGGGUUCCAUCUGACGCACCAGUGCUGCGACUGCUGAAUGGUUAUGACGGCUCUUGUUUGGUGUUUUAUUAAGGCAUUUAUUUUGCUGAGUCAGGAUUUUACCAGGGUAAGAGUUUGGGUUGGGCUGCAGAGCGGCUAACUUUCAUAAAUAAAUGCUGUCAACCAGCCAUUGUUAGGAACGUUACCCUCCCAAAAUGGCUUCAGCUCACUUGUUUUGCACACGCUUUAGAGGUCAGGGCAAUGACAUCGCAGACUGUGAAGGUCCAUAUCAAGGUCUGUAGUUUACAAGGUUGACCUGCGGUUUGUCCAUAGACUGAUAUGGAUCCUGAGUUACAGUGUGUCAGCACUUUGCUUGGUUCAGAACGAUUUGGUCCCAGUGGUGGUGGGCUUGUGGAUACCAAAUGUUUGCUCAUCUGUUAAGGGACCUCAAUGGUUCAGCAGUGAUAAUCUCUCCAGUCCUUGGUCCAUAUCUCAGGAUAAAUGCACUCUGGUACCAAGAGUUUCUUUUAAAAGCUGUAUAUAGAGCUGCACACUCAAACAUUCAGAGGGGAGAGCAACACCAACAUAAUGCAGUCUGACCAAAUGAUGUUGGUUUUUAUCUUAUCUUCUUCUUCUUCCCCUCCUCUGAUGUUUCUUCUCAUCUCGGUUUUUUGGAGCUCAACUUUGCUCCUUUUAUGUGAGAGAUUUAAGCUGUUUUGUAUUGUGUAUAGGCAUCACCUGAUAUGAAGGGAAAAAUCACAGCAAUCUACAGUAGAAUGUAAUUCCAAACUAGACGGUCAUCUGGGCUCAGCAAAUAGAUUUUUACAAGCAACUUAUUUUAAAAAGCUGAUUUUACAGCCUCACCUGCCGUGUGUGCUUCCUCCUUUUGGUUCUUGUCUUAAGUCCCCACAUUAUUGUCUCCACACUAGAAGUCAGAUGGCACUGUCUGGGCUAAAAUGAGGCGCUGGAGUUUUUCAUGGUCAGCUCGAGCAGAAUAACAUUUUCUAUUUACUACAAUAUUCCCAAUUGGAAAAUGUAUUUAAAUGCUGUUCUAAUCAUGAACAUCCCUCCCAUACACUUAUGAAAAAAAGUAUUCCUAUAAGGAGGCUCCAGGACAAAUUCUUUAUCAAAAAUAAUGUUUUCACAAGUUACGAUAUAUAAAAUGUUCCCAUCACACACAACUACAUAGAAAAGAUGAAAGAUAAUGUACACAAUAUGCAUGAGAGCAGAAAGGCGUUGCUUCUAUGUUUUUGUUUCCUCACCAAAACAAGGCAACAUUUUAGAGAAGAUGGCGUGGAAAGAGCUCGGUGUUGUCCUUGCAAGGAGAGAAGAGGUGAGACAAAGUUCUGCCAGUAAAACAAUGCUCAAUAACUCAACACUGGCAAAACGGGUGACAAACGUGGACACGGUAUGGCAUCGCAUUUUAAAAACAACCAUCCGUGGGAAAAUGAUUUAUCCCGGUCCAUUUGUAUCGUCACCAAUAGCUAAAUAUUAAGCUACCUUGUGCCUGAAAGCUUCUGGAGUCAAACUGCUUUUCAAACCUCUGCUCUCCCCACGGUAUUAGCUUUGUGUUUGUAGUCGUUGCUGUGAUUGUUAGUUCACUCUUUAGGGACGCAGCAUUACAAAGCUACAGUAGCUAGGGUUUCAGCACACGUGUGUUUUCAUUUCUCUUGCGUGCCUGUAUCUUUUGCUAAUGUAAGCUUUCAAAAGCGUAGAAGAAAUGUGUGUAUAAGAUGGUAUGACUGUGUGCAGUGCAGCCGUCAUAUGUUUUUUGUGUGUGUGUGUGUGUGUGUGUGUAUUUAAGGGGGGCUUGCUCAUGUUUAGCAGUGUAGUCUUAUCACUUCUACUGCUGCAGGGAACGGCAACAGAAAUCCUUCGUUCUCAGGGUACAAUCGGAUUUCAAAAGGAGGAGGAUGUGGGAAAGUCGCAAUAGCUCAGGCCUCUAGCUCACUCAUAUGGAUAGUAGGAGUCACUGGAUCUGUUCUCCUCCCUUGAUGUGUUUUUAAGCUGCCAAAGACCAGAUUGGAACGAAGUUAACACAGACACAAGUCUAUCUGAAGUGCCCAUGUACACACACGCUGGCAGGAGGCUGGUCCAGUAUUCUUUCCUACGCUACACCUCCUUUAUCCUUACGCUCAAGUGUGCACUUCCACUGAACUCUGACUACUACCCAUCUGUUGAUGUACUCGGACCAUACUGUGCUGGACCAGGUCAACCUCUUGUUGUGUGGUUGGUGUGAAAAGAGACCAAAGCGUACCUGUAUGCAACAACUCUGCCAAUGUUGCAUGAGAGCAACUUACUGUGGCCCAAUAUCUGUGAUUAUAGGUCUACACCGCAUGUUGCUGAGGCGUCAUAGAGCAAAGCAAGGCCUUUCUAGUCCAGUGCAGUAUGCCUCUGUAGUGUGACGGAGGCUUAUAUUCCUCCCUCUAUAUCUCCUUUUUCUCCCAACACCUGUUUCACUGUGAGUGAAUGUAAAACUAAAGGCGAGGGGGAUAAGGAGUUUGGGUUAAUCUCAGAACACAUCAGGGACUAAACACUCCCUCAGAAGCUUCCUGAAGCUACUUUCUGACGGAUUUAAUUGUAGCCUCCCAGCUGGGACGCAGGCCAGCCUGCCUGAUGCGCUACGUGGCCAAACCUGUGGCCAAGGUCAAGUUUUGAAGUGUUUAGUCCCAGGCUUAUGGAGCUGUAAAGUGAUUUGCUGCUACAGAUCUGCUAGGAACGGGACAUUCCACGGGCCGUCUGACUUGCAAACAGUUUACGACCAGGCUAAAGUGUCAGCAUGAAAUUAAGACUAUAUAAAUAUAUACUAUAUUUUUUUUUACUUUGAAUGAGUUAGUCUGUUUUUUGAAGGGAUUGCGGGACGCAGCUAGUGUUGACUAGUCACACAGAUACCAGCUGGUCUGAGCAGAGUGAAGGUGUGAUACCAAUUAGAAGUGGUUAUUUAAAGUGUGUGUCGCGCCUAUCAAAGGUCGACCGUGUUUCUAAAGUGUGUUUCUGCAACGCCCAAGCUUCGUUUCACUCGAUGCUUCAAGCAUCCUGAAGCAAUUAUGGGGUCUUUUUGUGUCCGGCACACAAAAGGUCACAAGUGUGAAAGCAACUUCCACUGACUGCUAAAUACAGUACAAGGACUCUCUUCUCUUUCCAUGUAAUGAGUCGGUUUAACCCAUUGGAUCAAUCUGCCAGGGUAAAGAACAUCACAAUACAGUAAGAGGAAGUUAGUCUGUGUAUUUUACAGUGAAUACACAGUCACCUGGAGUCUGGGCUGGACUUCUUUAUACACCAUAUGCAGACAGAGGUUUGUGUAUGAAGAUAAUAUACUGUGUGUACACCGGGACACUGAUGUGUGCUAGCAGAGCCUUAUUUUUAACGAGCUCUGCCAUUAAAAAGACUUUUAGGUUUGAAGGCUCUAGAGAUGAGGUGUCAGUUAUUCAGGAGACCACAACCAGCAGUUACUGUACACUGAUGCCAGUUCAAUCUGCCCUUUUUGACACGUUUUGUUUUUCUGUGCUCUUUAUAUGCAUUCAUAAAGAAAUCCUGGAAGCUAUCGGGACCCCUGUGGCCUGAAGGUUAAUCUAAUCCAGAGUUGAGUUUAUUAAAGAUGUUGUGAGACGGAGCUGUAGGUAAACGGGGAUCUGGGUACGUCUGUCCUACCAGGCCUAUAUACAAAUAGGAGGGUUUGACACUUAAUAGCCAAUACAAAUCCCAUUGACACGGAUAAAAGUGUGUGUGCGCGUCCGUGUUUUAUUUUACUACCAAAGCAGCAGCCUGUGUUGGAUCUGCAUCAGUCUAAACAGGCGCACAGGAAGAAACCAGUUUCAUUUCCACUUCGAUGCCAUCUUGAGAACUUGUAAUGUUGACUCUCGGGAUGUUUGCAAUGCUAACUGUAAGAUGGUUCAAGGCUUAAAACGGUGACGUGUUUCUGAAAGCAUUACGCAACAGGGUUUCCUCGUCACAAUGUGAGAUUUCAGACACUUCCUUGUGUUUUUACCUGAACGCUAACACCAUAGACUACUGCCAGUACAUGCAUACUCACAUGGGGCUGGACUCAUGCAGGUAUGUGAAGAAUCUCAUUAACAUCCUGAUGUAUGUUUCUGUUACUUGGUGAGAAAAACACUGGAUGUGCAUUGCACUGGUAUAGACUCAGUCGUGUGUAACAGGUGUAGAUGGAUGUGUGUAAUGUCUCGGCGAAGGGGAGCUUCACACGGAGCAACGACAUUAGCAACACUGAGAGCCUUUAGAGGAAGUUUGGAUUCUACUGGUUUUUCAAACUGCUUAUGAUGAUGAUCGCAGCAUAACAUUGAUAUUAAGGGUAUUAUCGUAUACUUGCCACAUUUUAUUUCUAGAGAAGAAACAACAAAAUGGCACUGAUCGCAUAACCUGGCCAAACUCUUGUCAGUCACCGUGGUGUGUACCCUGAAGGUCGGUGUAGCGCUUGGCUAUAUCAAGGAACCGAUAGAUAUUCAUGCUCAGUGUCAGCCAACUAUCUUCAUUUAGAUUUCAGCUACUGUGUCUCUGAUGUUUCUGGCUGCUGAACAAAGUCUUUCUUGUCAAGUCUGGAGAGCCAAACCUCCUAAUUAGCCAGCCAGGCAGGCAGGCCUGCUGCCCAGUCCGGCCGCACAACUAUGCAAGAGGAAUGCAUAUAAUCCACACUCUUCUCUAUUUAUUUAUUUUGUUCAGUUUUUACUUUCUUUCUUUUGUUUCUUCUCACUGUCACGCAGUAGACAUGAAUUAAUAAGAACUUGCAAUGACAAUACUUGGCCUUAUGAUGAUUUCUGAAAUCUUAUCAUUUAGUUUGAAGAUCUUUUUUGAUUCUGGUCAGCCAGCCCAGCGGCGGUGACGGCGGGCUCACUCUUGGUCUCUGUGAGACCGGCUAGACGGCCCCAGUUUUAUCGUGGUACGAAUGUUGUGCAUUUGUUUAAAAUCAGGACAGUUUGCAAUAACAGCAGUCUUACUAGUGGCCACAAAGGGGCACGAGCAGUGCUGACAGCGCCCGGCUGCGUCUUUAGAAAACCAUAGAGGAAGAAAUAUAAACUAUAUAAAUAGAUAUAUAAACUCACACAGUGCAUAUUUGUAUUAGGUAUCAACAAUGCAUUACCGUGGUAUACUCUUAUGCAACACAUGUCUGGGUUCAAUUUAUGAACAUGAAGUAUAUUAUAAAAUCACAGACUUUGUAAAUCAGAAGCUAUGUUGUUGUGUGUUUUUUGCGGGGGGGGAAAUGGUUUUACCAUCCUUAAUGUUGAAUAUUCUGAGCGUUCUGUUCCUGUGUGAUUGUGUUUGUUUGUUAAAGUGAGCACAUAGCAGUGGGUUUUACCUUCUUUCUGUAAGUAGGGAACCAGACGGAACCCGAAACACAGCUGGACCAGAUUUCAAAUCACACGGAGCACAUUUUAAAUACUCUGUUUCUUAAAAAGGUCACGAUCUGAUCUGUACACGGGUUUACAAUCAACUGGGUGAGUAACAGGAUGGAUUAAGACUUGUUCUAACCAGCAAAGACCAGUUUCACUCAACUUCCCACUGUUUGUCCGUAUAAUGUUUUAAAUGAGAACUUGGCUUAAUCUACGUCUGUGAAACGCUCUUACUAGAGUGAAGAACAUUUAAAUCUGAAGUAAUGUAAUGUAAAGCUCAGAUUAGAAACUUUUCCAGCUGUUUUUUUUGUUUUGUUUUAGUCUGCAGGGAAAGAGUCCUCCCCAGCUGAGGGGACAGAUUUUAUCAUAGAGAACCGUGCUGGACGUUACAAACCUCCAUGUAAAACCUCUUAACUGACAGAUGGCGUUCACUUGAGGGGUCAACCUGCCGAAUGUUGAUUUGACUUGAUGUUGAAUGAAUGCUUCUCUUCUUUUAGUCAAUGAAUAAAAGCAUUAAAAAGUU